AUGGGGGCCGCACUCUACCUACCUGCGUUUGUAAUACUUGCCAUCGCCUGCGUAGCUCAAGCUCAGAACGACUUCUUACCUCUUCGGAGUAAUCCAUGGGUGCCUUUAAGAACCCCCCAGGAUAUUAAGAACCAAGCCAACAGUGGCUCGCAAAACCCUUCUGAAGCCGUCUAUAUACCAGCCGAGCCAGGCGACCCGGUUGCGGCUGCAACGCCGGCUGGUACUGAUGAAUUAGGGCGGCGGCUGCUGGUGGUGCGCUUCAACGAAAACAAUCCCUGGGUGAUGCGAGACGCUCUCGUUGCGGCGGGCGUGAGCAUUGUGGAGCUGAUCAAUGCGUACACGGCCCUGGUGUUCGGCCGCCCCUCCGUUGUGUUCGGCACUGUAGACCAAGCGGGGCAAAAGAUGGCUGUGUACAAAUCUGACUUCAAGGUCACUCCAGAAACGGCCGCGCUUGUGGCGGAAGUCGCACCCUUGCUAGGUUCGCGGCGAUCGCUCCUGGCAUCCGGGCGAAAUUUGGAUUCAGAUUUGGAUUUGGAUUCGCUACACGCCCAUGAACCCGCUUAUUCCAGCGCUUUCGACGCCGUACAGACCUGGGAAACGAAUUCGGACGACAUGCCAUCCUCGUUUUCCCACGAACGUAACGGUGGUGAGGAGAUGAGGCGGCGUAGCCUCGGGGCGAACAGAGUCCCCAGGAACCACACCAGGAGCAAGCGUUGGGAGAAACUGUACGGCAUUUCCGCACGGAUGGUUCUGGGGCUGCAACCCAGUGUGCUGCAAGUCAUCAUGACGGAGUGGCCUGGUAAGCUCGCGUGGUCUCUGGGCCGGAGUCCAGACCCCGCGGACGCCGAUCCCUGCAUGCCUAUCUUCGUGGACGAGGCGCUGUACUCGACGACGAGUCCGGAGCUGCAAAUCUAUGUGUGCAAGGAGGAUUACCCCUUCGCCGUAGACUGGCUCGCAAGCAUGCACGUGACGACCUUGAUAGAGCCUCUGCUGUCGGCGGCGCCGGCCAAUGCCAUUUCAGGUUGGAUUAUGCAAACAGGCAACCUGACGUCGGCACAGUACACGAACCCAACUGGCAGCUUGAGGCCUUACUGGAGGGCUAACCUUUGGGGGCAGGGCAUGGUCGUCGGGGUGACGGAUCAGGGCCUGGACAUGUCCCACUGCUCCUUCGUCGACAACAAUUAUCGUCCAGGCAGCCUUCGCUCCAUGUUCGUGGGCAAUCCGCCUCGCCUGUACCUGCCGAACCACCGAAAGGUCGUACAGUACGUCACCCCGGAAACAACUGGUACUCGCUGGUUUGGAGGCGAGGAUCAGAGUCACGGGACUCACGUUGUCGGAACCAUCGCCGGUGCCGUACUGAACAGUACUGGUGGCAUCUCGUUCGACGGUGCUACGGGUUCUGCACCAAUGGCACGCGUCAGUUUCUUUGGGACAUCUGCACCGUCGGAAAACAAGUUCAGGGUGCCAUCGCCGCUGGAUGAUAAGGUUCUCUCGUACCAUUACGGUGUUGGCGCUCGCAUCAGUUCGGAAAGCUGGGGCCGCUCCAGCGCACUAGGAGUGGCUUACCUGCCGACAUCGCGACAGUUCGACGCAUUCGCAUGGCGCAACCCCGACUUUGUGUCAGUCAUUGCCGCCGGCAACUUCGGUCGCAACGGUAUGGUAUCCAUCACGGCGCCGGGCACAUCCAAGAACGGCAUUACCGUUGGAGCAACCCACAAUUACCCCCAGGACACGGCUAGUGCUGGCCUCAACUACAUGUUUUUUAUCCGGUAUCGCGAUGCCAGUGGAACCAGAGUGGACUCCGCGCUGUGGCCCCGUAUGGGAACCGAUCAGACUGUUUGGAGGACACUUCUCGCGAAUAAGGAGGUUCCGGUGCGCCUUCCCAACCCAGAGAACGCAUGCACGGCCCUGCAAGGCAGCUACGCAGGCAGUGUUGUAAUUGUGGACCUGAAGCAAGGUUGCACAAACAACACAAUGACGUCCAAUAUCGUCAAGGCCGGUGCGGCCGCCAUCCUGUUCGUGGUUGCGGAUGACGGAUUUAUUGAGGGCCGGAAGCUCUGGACGCCAAGCACAGCCGUCACCUACUCGCUGAUGUCUCGGGUGCAAGGUAUGAACAUCAUUAAUGCCUUGAGAAACAGUUCCAACACCAACUUCGUUGCGACCUACCUCGAUUACCCCAACGUUAAUCUCGGCAUCGACAGCAUCGCGCAAUUCUCCGGCUCAGGCCCGCUCUAUGAUGGGCGCAUUAAGCCCGACGUUGUGGCGCCUGGCACUAACCUCAUCUCGGCGUGCGGCUCCACACUGGAUCCGGAAGCAACAAGCUCCAGCUGUAGCCGUCUCACAAUCCAAAUGUCGGGAACAUCCAUGGCCACACCGUUGGUGGCAGGCCACCUGGCUCUCGUGCGCCAGUACUUCAGGGAUGGGUUCUACCCCGCUGGAGCUGCAACCGACGUGCCGACAGUCCCGUUCGAUCCGUCUGGCAUGCUGCUCAAAGCCGCCGCUAUCACCAGCGCAAAGUCUCUGGCGGGCGGCCUUGCGACGAACGUGGGGCGCGUCAUGGGUCAGGCGCCGGACGGCCUGCAGGGCUGGGGCCGUCUUGACCUGAGCAGCGCCCUACCGCUGGUGGGCUUCACCAAUCCGAACUUCCGCAUUGCAGUCGCUGACUACGGAACAAUCCGGGAUGGCGAGAUGAUCUAUCUGCCGGGAAUCCGCGCGACCGGCACCGGGCCCAUUAUCGCCACGCUGGUUUGGCACGACUUCCCUGGAAGCGGCAUGACGAACCGGGACCUGAUUAAUGACCUAGAUUUUGGCUACCUGCUCAACCCCCAGAGCACCACCACAAACUACAGCCGGACGCGCGCGGACAGCGUCAACAACGUGGAGCGCGUGGAGCUCUAUAACCUGCAACCGCGUGACAACGUAACGUUCGUGGUUCACGGUCGCGCCAUCCGCCACUCGCUGCUGACCACACCCGACGCGCAGCGGCCGCAACGCUGGUCCGUCCUGGUGGCAGGCCACUUCACGGGCACGCUAAGGACACCGCUCAACCCGGCGUUCGCACGUCCCGCACGCGUGCCGGCCAACAUGCUGAUCCAAAUGCCGAAUGGCACGUGCCUGACCGUCCGGGCCAAUAACUUAGUCUUCGAUCCCGCGGCGACUGCAUGCAACGCGACAACCGCGAUCUUCAACUUCAUUGAAGAACCAGCGUCUGUACCACCACCGCCACCACCGUCACCGUCACCGCCAGUUCCCACACCGGCUGUUCAGGACCCCCCACAGCUGUGGUACCCCUUCCCGCUGACUUUCCGCGUGGACUUCUACCCCGUCACAAAUGUCGCAAGCGCCAACACCUACGACUACGACUACACCGACGACACCUUGCGGAGCACCGUAUCUAACUUUGACCUCCAAGUGUCGUGGAACUGGAACGGUCAGACCUUCUCUGCCGGCAUAGGAAACUUCCUUGGUUACGAAACCGCAAUCUCUUCGUCAGGUGCUGUACACGGCGGUGACAACAUCAUCUACGGCACCAUGUACGAAGAAAUUCACUGGCAGCUCGGAUACACGCCCCCGCCCACCACCUACUACGUUUGCGUCGCGUGGCAAGGCCCCACCGCGUCUUCGAACAUGAAUGUUAUAUUGACGGUGUUCAAGAACGACCCUGUUGCGAGCAUUUCGACGACUUUUAACACAGACUUCGACAACUUCGCCGACGGUGAUUGCACACCGUCGUCUGUGGGCUACAUCGGCAGCUACGACCUCAAUUCGCCGCCGUCUCUGCCGCCACCGUCACCGUCACCGCCGCCGGCACCGGUGAACAACAUCUACCCGCUGAUGUUCAAGGCAGAUUGGCUAGUGCUUUCCGGUGUAACAGGUCGCACCAACGCGCUUGUGGACAUAGAUAUUAUCGUGGCUUGGACGGACAAAGGCAUCUUGUACGAGCUAAGCUUCGACUUUCCUGACAGCACCAGCGGCAGCGGCAAGUACGGCGGCAACAACUUUAUCACCAACGUGAAUUCCGAGAACGCGUAUCUUACGGCAACUCCACCGCAGACUAGGUACGACGUCUGUCUACGAUGGUACGACGACAAGAAGCCCUUGGCCGCCUCCGCCACCCCCACCGGCUGUGUGCCCGGACCCAUUGCCGUCUCCAAGCAGCUUAUUCGCACUUUAUUUCCGUACAAUGUGGUCCGACAGCCAAGGUACGGCAUUGCUAGUUCCGUAGUUGGGACAAAGUCCCCAAUUCGAGGCGCUAGAGCGGGUGUAUCGUACGACUGGGAUAUGGUCGUGGCUUGGACCGCCAACCAGCAGACGUACGAGGUUAGCACGUACGACAGGAACGUUGGCGGUGGCGUACACGGAGGCGAUAACAUGAUGCUUGCGGGCAAGCCGAACGGAGAGGUACGUGAUUACCGAGAAGGAUUCGGGUACUUCAAUGACCUGCACGAACUGUACGAGCGCGUCACGGCCGACGAACGAGUCGAACCUUCGACCAUGCGCAACGGCGGCGCCCAGUUCGAUGCGUCACGCAAUCCAGCCGCCGCCGUCGAGGGUGAGGCAGCCAGCGGCGGCGCCGACACUGGCGUUACCGUCGCCGCCAACGGCAGUACGGCACCGCGGGCCGCCGCCGGACUCCAAGGCAUCAACAUCCCGAUCCUUGUCGUCGCCGCCGUCGGUGUCGUCAUACUUGGAGCGGCCAUGGGAUCUUUCGUAACGAUUGUCUUGUUUGGAUGGACCCAAGCGCGGCGGUCGCGAGGUUACAGCGCGUUGUCGACGUAAGAGACGAGGCUGAUCAAAAACACGUGAGAAUGGCCGGCCGGCCGGCCGGCAGCAAAUCGGGUAGGCAGGUAAAAGACAGACAGGGAGAGGAGAUGCCACAGAGGCUAUAUGCGCCGCUGCACUGCAUUGCUAUGCUGUAUGUACUCUCUACAACUCGAAAUUGUUUGUACAUACGCAUACACGGGAUGACGACGCCGACCGAUAGACUGCAAAGCGGCGCGCUCCCUUCUGGUAUGAGUUAGCGUUUCUGCCUGCACACAUGGAGCAUCGCCACUUAUCUAUACAUGAGUGUAUAUGCAUGUAUGCGAUCGUGCCUUGCGUAUUGUGUGUGGUGGUGCAUAAUUGCGGUGUUUAGUGCUUGUGGGAUGUCGACACUUGUGCGGGUACGCACGUUCUUCGUGCGCAGGUGAUGCUUUGGUGGGGUGGGUACCUGGGUCAGCCUUACAAUCCAAAAACUCAUGAGUUGGGUUAAAGUUCACAGACAUGUCGCGCGCUGGAGCGACAUUGGCGCAUCCCCGCCGUGUUGAGAUCAUAGUCCUCGGUUGGCUAAACUUUCCAAUUAUUCGCGACUCCGUACACGUGCGCGUCCCUACACGUACAUCUCCGUACGUGUACGGGAUAAUAUCGAUUCCAGCAGCCCUACACCUGAAUGCAGGACAGUUACGCGCUUAAUGAGUGCUGAAUAGAUAGGUCGAUCGUCGUUGGACCAUUCUUACUUCUUAUUAGUUGCUGUUCCUGGAUUCGAUUCCUGCACGCAAUCGCGAAUCAUCCUUUGCCAGUUCGCAUGAUAGAGGACGACGGGGGAGAUACUGUGUACACGGGGGCCGGGAGUUGGGUUUAAGGCCAGUGUUGUCAGUCGUAUAUGUACGAGGAUGCGUGUGUUUGCAUCCGGCAGGGGUGGGAUGGGAUGGGCGUGCGCGCGUGCUUUGGUCUUGCAUUAGAUAAUAACACAUAUGCAGGUUCGGGUCCAAAAAAGCAGGCAGGCAGGGAGUUAGGUCUUAUUAUGAGCUAGAGACCAAGCAGACGUACCAAGCUGCUGAGAUGACGGAGACCACAUUGAUUCUGACCUUAUCAGUCACCAAUUAAUCGCUGCUGUGUAUAUGAUAUUAGAUGACUAUCUCCCAUGCUGGCGUACGUAGUCUUUGGAAGCCUGCUGGUGUCUUUAGAGCUCAAUCCUCAGACGGCAUUUCUGCGUGAAGAUCUAGCGGGCCUGAUUAGAGGUUUUGGCAUCCCGGGUAGCAGCUGGGUUUUGCGCUACCCCCGUGCGUGUGGGCAUCAUUGCGCAUAUGUGCGGCACGUAAAUGGCGGAGAUGCAUGAGAGCCAGCGCCUGGGUACUAGCAUGUCCUGACCUUUCGCUGACGGACCUGUUAACUGUCAGCAUGCGAUGGAUGGGCAAAUCCCAGAUUUGGAAUGCUGUGUGUGCUGCUCGUGCUUAGAGUGCUAUCGAGCGAUGGAUGACGUGGACGAAUAGUCACAACACAACGCUUCUGGCUAGCUCGUAAAAGCUGUCGCGAUUGCUGAAAGGAAGAGGUUAGCGGAAAAGGGGACUAAGCAUCGAACCUUUCUGUAAUCUUACAGCUCCCAGGAGCUUACCGGUG